AUGAUGGGGCCCAGUGAUUAUUCAAACCGUGACUGGAGGCAAACGAGGGAUCAGGACUCUCAAGAAGAAUCCUCAUCAGCUGACGAAUCCCAAUCUUCACCAAUAUCGUUAGCAAGUGAAACAGAGCCAUCGUUGCACGAGGACACUGGUAAACAUGGAACGCCCAUUCAUCAUCCCCAAUUCACCAACAACCGGCAGAAUCUCGGUAACCAAACGACCAAUAGCCUACUAGUAAAGCCUAUUCCAGUGCAUGCAACCUUGGGCUCCUCAUUAUCCGAACUAGAAACAGCAUCCUCAGAGAAUAAUGAAGAGGAUGGAUCCAGACACAAACGAGUUCUGUCUUCCGACCAACUGGAUCUUCUUUCCUACCAGGCCACAGAUGUUCCUCCUCCUCUUGCCGAUGGUGAUGACUCGGAAAACACAUCACGACAAGAACCAACUCCCAUCAUGAAACGAAUGCGUUUCAUGUCCAUUGAUGAAAUUCUCACUACAGCAAAGCAAGAUGAUACCCACUAUGUCAGUCCAUCCUUUGCACUAGAGAGCGUCGAGGAACUAGAUCUUCAGUUGGGGGAAGAACUGAAUUCACCCACAGCACAAACUGCACUUCUGGACACUAUGGCUGACGAUAUUGUUCACGCCUUUUCCAAUCCAUCCAGUACGGUUGCAACUACGACUACUGUUACUGACUCUCCUCAACUUUCACCAGUGUGUGUCCCACUCUUGACACCCCCACAGAGUCCAACACCGCAGUCCAUGACUAGUAGUACUAGUACUAGUAUGCUGGUGGAAUGGCCAUCCAAUCUAGUCAUUGAAAGUGCUCUGAUGAGUGUGGCGAAUGAGAUACGGCCACUAUCUCCAGCUUCUUUGACGGGCGAAGAUGAUGAUGAGGACGAAGAUGGUAGUAAAAUGAUGAUGGAGACAACAGCUACUGCUAGUGAUACAAUGCUAAUGGACGGCGCAUCUACUCUCACCAAGAGACUGAGCUUUAUUACUGUGGGAUCCAAUUGA